AUCGAAAUGAAUUGGAAGUCUCUGAAAGCACGUCUGAAAGCCUCACGUCCACUAUGACAACCAUCUUGUUGGUCGCCCUUGUACCAGGAGCACCUUUUUUGGUCGUAGUUUUAACUGCUGUUUGCAUUUUUUGUUGUCGUAAGGCACAAAAAUAUGAUGCUAGGAGAGCACAGCAUCAAACUACAUUAGGCGCUGUCACUAUGCAAACAGGUCAAGGUUAUUCCACAUCAUCACAGCCAGUAGACGGAUACCAGCCUGUACCGCAGGAAGCUGGAUUACAGAAACUGCCAAGCGGUUAUCAUAUACAUGCAAUGCAGACUGCAGUACCAGUUGAUCAGAAUGCCAGUCUGGUUGCAGGAAAUCAGCCUCAGGUAUCCCCGUCAGAUCCACCAGUAGAGCGAGAAAGUAUAGCCCCACCUCAGUAUGACACUUUGUUUCCAGAAAAGUAGUACUACUUAUACUAAAGUGCUUUAAGUGCUCUUAAUUAUACAAGUCAUUCAUUGCAACCAGUAUUUGAUAUACUAAUAGUCUCUACUUUGUUCCGCCGUCACAUGUAAUAACCUUGUGUUUGACUGAGUUCUGUGCCACGACAUAUCUUAGUCGCUUUCUUGAUGAUUGGGUGCAAGCUGUUAUCGGAGUGAUUUACUUGUUAUAAGGCAUUUACAAGAAAUUCAUUAAAACAUUGAAGAUCAGGAUGUAGAAGAACCUAACACUGUAACAGAUAUUCGGUCAUAUCCGACAACAUUUUGUUUCUUGCCAGCAAAGUAAUUAACAGUGUCAUGGGAGAGGAGAGUAAUUUACUAUCAAAUUCGCCUGCAAAAUAGAAUUAUAACAUUAAGAAAAGCUCAUUUAAAUUCUGAACUUAACAGGAAGUAACAAUUAAAUAACUUUGUACGCCAAAUUAUCAAUCUAUUAGAUAUAAUUCAACAGGCUGUUUCUUCCAUGCAGUGUACCCCAACCGGGAAAAAUGUGCCUCUGUGGCUGAGUGGUUAAGGUCUCUGACUUCAAAUCAUUUGCCGCCUCAUCGAUGUGGGUUCGAGACUCUCUCGGGGCAAAAACUUCUUUAUGUGAGGAAGCCAUCCAGCUGGCUUAUGGAAGGUCGGUGGUUCUACCCAGGUGCCCGCUCAUGAUGAAAUAAUGCACGGAGGGGCGCCUGGGGUCUUCCUCCACCAUCAAAGCUGGAAAGUCGCCAUAUGAGCUAUAAUUUUGUCGGUUCGAUGUUAAACCCAACCAGCCAACCUUGAAAAUAGUUUCUUUCUAAUUUUCUUACAACAAUACAUUUGUACAUUAAAAAAACCUUUGAAAUAAAAAAAUCAUUUCAUUGUUUGGUACUCGUACUAAUAGAUGGCCACUUGGUCUGGUAUCUAUAGUGUUGUGAAAGACUUUGUAACAAGUGGAUCAUCUUAAGAAUGCGUUCCCAUUAUUCCCAUUGAUCUUUUAUACGAAUCCAAAAUCUUCUUAUACAGGGAACGCAUGCUAUUAUCUUGUUGAAAAUACGCAGUCUUUUGUAAUUUUGAAUGUGUGUUCCUUUACUGGUUCUAAUUUGGGACAAUAGGUUUGCACAACGUCUCUUAAUUUAUACGAGUAUUGUAAACUCAAGUAAUACAGUUGCCAUUUAUAUGGAAAAAGAAUUUUAGUAAGAAUUCUUUCAUACCUUUUCACCUGCUUUGAUGUAUGUACAUUGUAUUUUGAAGGUGGCUUCUCUUGUCCAAAUGGGAUGUAUUUUGACGGAGAUAUAUUUUUGGUAAUUAAAGACUCGACAGAUAGGCUAAUAUAGAAUGAACUGUGUCAGUUGAAGAACUUUCGUUUGGAUUGAUGGAUUUAACCGAAACUUUGCAUAAAAGAACAUUUUAUAAACAUAAGCUUUGGCUUGGUAUCUUUACGAAGUAACAACAGAGUUAUGACUCUUGAAUAAACUUGUAUUAAAUUGUGUCCGACCGUGCUCAAAAAGUAUAUGAUCCAUAUGCAUCAAAUACAAACAUGAUGGUUGUUUCAUUGGCAGAUAUUCCCAUUCAAACAGGGGUUGUGAUUUUUAGCUAAAGGUGAG